CAUUGAUCUCUAUCUUAUACAUUGUCCAAUGCCCUUUCAGAGGGCCAAGGACAGUUUUGCAUUUGCUUUCAUAAAUGAUAUGCAAGUGCCUGUGGAGAUUGAUCAUCUUGACACUUGGCGUGCUCUGGAAAAAUUGGUCGACUUAGGAAAGCUGAAGGCGAUAGGCUUAUCAAACUUCAAUGUGAAGCAGUUGCAAAACAUUUAUGACAAUGCCCGCAUCAAGCCGGCUAAUCAUCAGAUAGAAUGCCAUCUUUACUGGCCACAAACUGAGAUGGUGGGACUCUGUAAAAAACUGAAUAUGUCAGUCACUGCUUACUCAGCCCUCGGUUCGCGAGGCAGAUAUGCAUUCAACUCUAACAGGGUAUUGCCGGAAGGUGACCCACUCACAAAUCCUGUUGUGAAGAAACUUGCCGGGAAAUACAGAAAAACUCCAGCGCAGAUAUCACUCAGACAUCUCAUUCAACGCGGAAUAAUCGUCAUUCCGAAGAGUGUCAAU